AAACAAGAUUUAAUUUUGAGUUUCAUAUUUCUGGUUAUAUUCUCUUUAACAGUCAAAGGAACUCUAGAAGUUCAAUAAGGUGACAAGAUAAUAAAAGAGAUGAAAUACAAGCAGAGGCUUAUAACAGCAGCAAAAAUUAUACUUGAAGACGAUGCACGUGGAGGACUCUUGUGUGGGAAUUCUACCGACUUUGGUGUCACCGCCACGUUGAAACUUCACCAAACGGAGGGAAUUCGCUGGCUCAUACGGAGAUAUCUUCUGGGCGUCAAUGUUAUUCUUGGAGAUGAGAUGGGACUUGGAAAAACUCUACAAGCCAUAGCUUUAUUGAGCUAUUUGAAGAUGAAUCAGAUGUCACCUGGGCCAUUCUUGGUUUUGUGUCCACUAAGUGUGACAGAUGGUUGGGUGUCUGAGAUGGCCAAAUUCGCUCCAAAACUUAAAGUUCUUAAAUAUGUGGGUGAGAAAGAACACCGGCGCAGUUUACGCAAAACAAUGUAUGAGCAAGUUAUAGAGAAGUCCUCAUUGUCUGAUGUAUCAUCAUUGCCUUGUGAUAUACUGUUGACAACAUAUGACAUAGCCUUGGUGGAUCAGGAUUUUCUAUGUCAAAUACCUUGGCACUAUGCCAUAAUUGAUGAAGCCCAGAGACUAAAAAACCCUUCCAGUAUUCUAUACAAAGUCCUCAGAGAGCGUUUUGUCAUACCGAGAAGAUUGUUGAUGACUGGCACACCUAUACAAAAUAAUCUUUCCGAGCUUUGGGCCUUGAUGCAUUUUUGUAUGCCUUCAGUAUUUGGGACACUGGAAGAGUUCCUUUCUACUUUUAAUGAAGCAGGACAUUGCUUAUCAGCCAAGGGAGGGUUUAGGAGUUUGAAAUGUAUAUUGCAUGCCUUCAUGCUCCGGCGGACAAAAUCUGAACUGAUCAAGUCUGGAAGUUUAAGGCUGCCGCCUCUUACUGAGAUAACAACGAUGGCUCCUAUGGUCUCGUUGCAAAAGAAAGUGUAUACUUCAAUAUUGAGGAAGGAGCUACCAAAACUUCUAGCACUGUCUUCUGGUGGUGUUUCUAACCAUCAGUCUUUGCAGAAUAUAGUAAUACAACUGCGAAAGGCAUGUAGUCAUCCUUAUCUCUUUCCUGGUAUUGAGCCCGAACCUUUUGAAGAAGGAGAACACCUGGUUCAGGCUAGCGGUAAACUUGUAAUUUUGGACCAACUACUUCAAAAGUUGUAUGCUUCUAAGCAUCGUGUUCUUCUCUUUGCUCAGAUGACCCAUACGCUUGACAUUUUACAGGAUUUUUUGGAGUUACGAAAAUAUUCCUAUGAGCGUCUUGAUGGAUCGGUUCGGGCUGAGGAGCGUUUUGCUGCGAUAAGAAAUUUCAGUGCUUCAUCAUCUAUGAGGAGUUCUGAAGCUAAUGGUAAUGAUGCUUUUGUUUUUAUGAUCUCCACAAGAGCUGGUGGAGUUGGUUUGAACCUCGUAGCUGCUGAUACUGUUAUCUUCUAUGAGCAAGAUUGGAAUCCUCAGGUGGACAAACAAGCUCUGCAGCGGGCACAUCGGAUUGGUCAAAUGAAUCAUGUGUUGUCUAUUAACCUUGUAACUAGACACAGUGUGGAGGAGGUUAUCAUGCGAAGAGCUGAGAGGAAGUUGCAACUUAGCCAUAAUGUUGUAGGAGAAGAUGUUAUGCACGAGGAAGAGAAAGGAAAAACCAGAGUUGAAAUGGGUGAUUUGAAAUCUGUUAUAUUUGGGUUACAUAUGUUUGAUCCUAAAGAAAUCAACAAUGAAGAAUCAGAUGGCUUGAAGUUGUCUGAAUUAAAUACCAUGGCAGAGAUGGUAAUUGCAAUGCGCCAUGAAAAAAUACCAGUUGAGGCUGGCCAGAAGCUCGAAGUCAGUCCAGUGGAUCUUUUGGAUGGAAGUGAUCUUGGGCAGGGAACUUCUGCUUCUGUGCUUUUUGAUCCUGGUCUUGAUGAGGCUUCAUAUCUCUCAUGGGUUGAACAGUUCAAACAGGCAUCACAAAUAAGCAUUAAUUCUGUUCUGGAGUUGGGAGGUAGAAGGAAAAUACCUGAGGAUAAGAAUUUGAAAUUUGAGGCCGCUAGAAAGAAGGUUGAAGAAAAGAAGUUGGCUAAAUGGGAGGCCUAUGGAUACCAUUCAUUGUCUGUUGAAGAUCCUAUAUGCCCAGCAGAUGGUGAUACAAUGUCACAAUCAGGCUCUGUUCAAUUUGUUUACGGAGAUUGUACGGAUCCUUCAAAAAUUUGUCCAUCUGAGCCUGCUGUUAUAUUCAGUUGUGUUGAUAACUCUGGAAACUGGGGGAAUGGAGGGAUGUUUGAUGCAUUAGUAAAACUUUCUACAAACAUUGCUGAUGCAUAUCAGAGGGCUUCUGAAUUUGGGGACCUUCAUCUUGGUGAUCUCCAUCUUAUAAGAAUCAAUGAGGAUUGUGAUGAAGGGAGUAUAAACAAUGCUCCUCAGUGGGUGGCUUUGGCUGUUGUACAAACAUAUAAUCCAAGACGUAAAGUCCCUCGGAGUGAUAUAUCUAUUCCUGACCUCGAAUGUUGUUUAUCAAAGGCGGCAUUCUCAGCAGCUCAAAAUUCUGCUUCAAUACACAUGCCACGAAUCGGUUAUCAAGGUGGAUUUGAUCGGUCAAUGUGGUACAGUGUGGAGCGGCUUCUACGAAAAUAUGCUUCUAUUUAUGCCAUAAAGAUUUUUGUAUACUAUUACCGACGGUCAUCUUGAAGUUUGGGGUGGAACAUUGUUUACAUUGUCUAGUGGUGGUCUAGAAAGGACAACAUGUUGUAGUUGUACUGAUUCCUCUUUUCUUAGCGUUUAGGAGCUAUGACCCAAGUGUCUGCUAACUUUUCUUAUAUAUACUUCAGUCAGUUAUUUUAUGUUUUUUAUUUGUAUUAAUUCCUUACUACGGAAGGAACGACUCUCUUCUUCUGCUGUGUACUGUCCAAAUGUUUUUGGCCAGUUCUUUCUGGUAAUGGUGUUACUCGAGAUCCGAUUCCGAGUAUUUGGAUUGCCUUCUAUGAAAAUAUGUUUCUUAAUUUUUUCAA